CGCGAAGCGGUUUUUUUCUGGGGAUUCCUUCUAGUAACGGCGUUUCGAUUCUUUCUAGAGAGAGAAAGAGAGAGCAGCAAAGAAGACGACGACGACCUAAAAGCCUGCUUGCUUGCUUGCUGCUUCUUCACAGGGGAAAAAUAAGAAUUGGGAAGAGUGGUUUUCAGGGGCAGGUGGGUAAGCGGUUUUGUAACCGUUUUAGCGGUUUUGAGAGAUAGGGUCUCUUUUUCUUCUUCUUUUCUUUCGUCUCUAUUAUCUUUUGUCUGGGUUGGAUCUGUUCAAUUGAUCAGUUACAGUUUGGAAAAAGGGGCGGUGUGCUGAAAGGCGUGGGGGGGAUUGGGUAGUGGGAAAGGUCGAAGCUUUUAUUAUUAGCUUCGUUUGAGCUCGUAAUUAAGCGAACCCAAUACGUUUUGCAGUUACUGGAGGUGGUGUUAUUGAGGGAAUUGAAGUGGGUUUGCCUUAAAAGUGGGAAAUUUUGUCCUUUCCUUCUCGUUAUCGGCUUUUCUGGGAAGGGGUUUGUCAUUUCCCCUGCUCUGCUCUGCUGCGCUCUUUGACUCGGUGGAUUUUUUUCUGCAUCUUCGUGGGGAAAGAGCUAAAUGAUGGCGGCGACUCGCGGCGGGUCUUUCCCGCAGCUCAACAAUGAAGGAGGAGGAAGAGAUGAUCUGUACAAAGAGCUUUGGAAAUUAUGCGCCGGUCCGGUGGUGGAGGUUCCUCAAGCUGAUGAAAGGGUUUACUAUUUCCCGCAGGGUCACAUGGAACAGCUGGAGGCAUCAACAAACCAGGAAUUGAAUCAAAGGGCUCCUCUGUUUAAUUUGCCGUCCAAGAUUCUCUGUCGGGUCAUUAACAUCAACCUCCUGGCUGAGCAAGAGACUGAUGAAGUUUAUGCACAAAUUACUUUAAUACCUGAAGUGGAUCAAAGCGAACAGAAUAGCCGAGAUCUAGCCCCAACAGAGACUCCAAGGCCUUCAGUUCAUUCAUUUUGUAAGGUCUUGACUGCAUCAGAUACAAGCACUCACGGCGGAUUCUCUGUUCUCCGCAAGCAUGCAACUGAAUGCCUCCCUCCUUUGGACAUGGCUCAGCAAACACCAACUCAGGAAUUGGUUGCUAAGGAUCUUCAUGGUUAUGAAUGGAGGUUCAAGCAUAUCUUCCGAGGUCAGCCUAGGAGGCACUUGCUAACAACAGGUUGGAGUACGUUUGUGACUUCCAAGAGAUUAGUUGCUGGAGAUUCUUUUGUUUUCCUCAGGGGUGAGAGUGGGGAGCUUCGAGUUGGAGUGAGACGGGUUGCCCGGCAGCAGAGCAGCAUGCCUACAUCUGUGAUUUCCAGCCAGAGCAUGCACCUUGGAGUGCUGGCAACAGCUUCUCAUGCUGUUGCAACUCAAACUAUGUUUGUGGUAUACUAUAAGCCAAGGACGAGCCAGUUCAUCAUUGGCCGGAACAAGUACUUGGAAGCCGUGGAAAAUAAGUUUGCAGUUGGGAAGAGGUUUAAGAUGAGGUUUGAAGGUGAAGAUUCCCCCGAGCGAAGGUUCUCAGGCACAAUUGUUGGUGUUGAAGAUUUCUCUGUCCACUGGGCUGAAUCCAAAUGGCGAAGUUUGAAGGUUCAGUGGGAUGAACCUGCUUCCAUUGCAAGGCCGGAUAAGGUUUCUCCAUGGGAGAUAGAACCUUUCGUGGCUUCUUCUGUACCAACUAGCCUCCCUCAACCAGUUCCAAUGAAAAACAAAAGGCCACGUCCCCCAAAUGAAAUUCCAGCUCUAGAUUUGUCUUCAACUGCCUCACAUUGGAAUUCUGGGUUGACUGAAAUGACACAAAUGAGCGUUACUGGCGAGAGCAAACGAAAUGAGAAUAUGAUGAUGUGGCAGCAGCAUAAGCAGCAGCCAGAUAUGAACAGCCAUGGGAGCUGUACAGAUUGGCUGUCUCCACGCAUGAACAACGUCUCUUCUCAGCAUAAAUUUCAGGAUGCUGCAACUGACGAUAGCAAGAGCGUCUCAAAUUGGCCCGUUUCCUUCUCAUCACCUCCUCAAUCAACGAAACUGAAAGGCGGCGACCCACCAGUAGUCGAGCAGCCAGUUGAUAAGGUAGGGAGGAAACAUGAGGCAGCAGCAGCAGCAGCAACGACUACUACCUACAGAUUGUUCGGUAUCGAGCUCGUGAACAGUCCAAUGAGCACGCCUACUGCUGACAAGUCCACCGAGGUGCAGCAUGCACGUAGCAUCCUCUCGCAGUCUGAUGCUGAACAGAAAUCGGACUCUCCUAAUAAGGAAAAGGCCACUGAGCAAUCACAAGUGUCCCCCAAGGAUAAUACUCAGAGCAGACAAAGUUGUUCCAUGUCCACUAGAAGUCGCACCAAGGUUCAAAUGCAGGGAGUGGCUGUUGGAAGAGCGGUGGACUUGACAACGAUGAAAGGUUAUCCGCAGCUCAUAAGCGAGCUGGAGAGUUUGUUUGACCUCACCGGACAGCUUCAGACUCGGGAUACGUGGGAAAUCGUCUACACCGACGACGAAGGAGACAUGAUGCUUGUUGGAGAUGAUCCAUGGCCUGAAUUCUGCAACAUGGUGAGGAGAAUCUUCAUAUGUUUGAGUCAGGAUGUGAAGAAGAUGACACCAGGAAGCAAACUUCCGAUGUUCCCCGUAGAAGCUGAAGGUGGAGUAAGCUCAGACUCCGCCAUAGUCGAAAACUCCAAUUAACAGCUGGGGAAAGGGUCGUGUCUUUUCUCUCUGUUUCCUCUUCUUCUUCUGGCCUUGUGUUUGAAUGUGUUUGCUGUGUGUUGUUAUUUGUACGGGGUUUUGGUUCAAUUUUCUUCUUCUCCACCAUCUUCUUCCAUUUUGGGCGGCUUGCAUGGAUGUUUGAAGUUGGAAAAGAGGAAGGCGAGAGGGAGGGAGAGAGAGAGAGAGAGAAGCUUUGCCAUGCUAAUUUUAAGCAGCUCGGCUUUUUAGAGCUAACUAUCAAAAGAAGAGGGAAGGAAAAUUGACUCGGGGUAAGCCUGGAGUAGUCGUUUGGACUUUGGUGUAUAAAAAACAAAGUUUAGGGGGCUUAAAAUAGAGUCUGUAAAUCUUUUGUUUAGUGUGGUAGGUAUUGGGAGGCAGAGUGUGAUCACCUCACAUCUGAGUCAUCAAUCCUUUUUUUAAUGGCUUCUUUUCUAUGUAUAUAAAGUAUUGACAAAGACAAUUAUUAAUGCAAUCCUUGAUUCGGGAUUCCUAGUCUUUUUUUAGUGAGUAAAUGUCC